AUGGAGGCUACCCAUUUGUCAGAUAUCCUGGCGCUAUCGAUAAAUUUUUUUGGAGUAAUUUGCUCAAUUUUCUCGUGUAUUAUGAAUAUUUUUAUAUUGAAAAAAGUGGAAAAAAAAAAGAAGAAAAAAGAGAUGGCUCUGUUUUAUUUCCGUUUCUUCCUAGACGCUGUUUAUGGCGCUGUCACGGCUAUUUACAUUUUUUCUGUAAUCCUAUUUAACUACUAUGAUCGAGAUGCCCCUGAUCUUCAUAUUUUUAUAGUGUUUUCAGCAUUUUUCAGUACAAAUAUAGGAACAAUGCGAGGAAUUGUGUCACUGACGAUUUCUGUUGAGAGAGUUAUGGCAGUUUGCGCACCAAUAAAGUAUCGAAACUAUCGUCCAAUGAUUCCGACUAAUGCGAUUCUAACUUUAAUAUUGGGUUAUGGUGUGUUCGAGUAUUUUAUUUUGUAUGUAAUUUGCAAUUACAAAUUAAAUAUUCCGUACAAUUGUGUGAAUAUUGGUUGUGCCAUUAAUUCAUGCUACCGACAAUAUUUUCUCUCGUCAAAAUGGGCUAUAUAUGGCUUCACUUUUUUGUUUGCAUUUAUUUUAUCAUUGAAAUUACUAUUGAAAGUGGGCAAAACCAAAAAUAAAGAUGUUACCAUGAAUAGGGCGAAUCGUCUUGCUUUGAUUGAUGUUGCAAUUAUAUUCAUUUUUAAUGUCCUGUUGAGCACUUUUUUGACUCUCUUUGACCAAGAUAAUUUACUCAAUAACUCUGGGCCAUUCGCGUCGAUUUUAAGGCAACUUGGAUGUUCUAUUGAAGCUUUGUUAGUUUUUCGUACUGUAAAACAGAAAAGUGACGUCACAAGCACCUCCACAACAAGCAAACCAAAUGUUCGGGUCAAAAGCCUGAAAGACUGA